AUGUUGGGAUAUCUCCGUUGUUCCACACCCCAGAAUUCAAUGGGUUCCCAAGCUCUUACACGGGCCUACCUUCGGGGAGCGUGGUCAGCGCUCCCCAUCCCAUCUCGAGCCAUUGGUACCGCGCUACCUCCGCUGAAUCAGUUUGGCACACCGUCUCAGAGCCCGGCUGCUGAUCCUGCUGUGACCGGAGUGCCGAGGGACGGGAGUACUGAUUUGGCCAAAGCGGACCCUGCCAAUGGUUCUGGUAGCCUUGGAUUGGCACGGGGCGGACAAUUACCCGCCAACAUCGUGGAGAAUCCUCCCGACCUUCACCUAUGGCGCCAGAAACUGUUUGAUCUACAAAGUCCUGUCAUCCUUACCAAUGAGGAGUACGACAUGUACUUUCCUUGGGUUGACAAUAUCUACUCGCACCGGACGUCACAGACAGCAUCUAAACGGGGACUUGUCACCCGUUACUUCGACUGCCGCUUGAAAGGCCGGCCGUCUGGAACACCUAAAUCACAGGACCCCAACAAAAAGAAACGCAAACGCACCGUGCGCCCGCUUGAUCUAUGCGACGUCAGAAUCAAGAUUACAGAAUACCCAGCCAGCUCUGUAGGAGAGCUCACGGCGAUAUGCAACUCCAUCGGCUUGAAUAGCGAGCAGGUCGAGGCAGCGGCCUCAAGGAUCCGGGACAGGCCGUUUCGAGUAAUACAACGCAACGGGAUGAUUGGAAACGGUGAUGAUAGACUAGCAACGCACAAGCAUGACUUGCAAAAAAGUGACGAGACCAAGAAGAGUACAGCCUUGCGAUACCUGGCUGGGCGCGAAAAAGAGGCGAAGCGGACUCAGAAACCGCCGGCUUGGAAGCCGAGAGGGAACGCGGCGGCGACGGCAAGGGAUCAUAGUGGAGAUGCGGAUAUCAAGUUCUAUUCGGCAUGUUUCUGCCAUGGGCUUCGAGUACGGCAGUAUUGGCGAGACAGAUCCAGCUCCGCAAUGCCCAAACCGCACAUCACCUUGCUCGAGGCAAGACCCGAGCAGGGCUUGUCCCCGCCGGAUACUGGUCAAGGGGGGUGGGCUUGUGCUGAGAGUUCUGUCAUUCUAGAAUACCUUGAGGACACCAACAACACAGUCCCGCUACACCCGACGAUCCCCAAACUGAAAGCGAACUGCCGACUGUGGAUUGAUUUUAUUAAUACUAGAAUCGUUCCCUCCUUCUCCAGCGUUCUAUUAGCAACCGUCGAUGAGGGCCCCUAUUUUCUCGGCGACCACAUGUGUCUCGUUGACGUCCACCUUGCACCUUUCGCGCUCAGACUGUCUCGACUGGCACCUUUCAGCGGACUGAGCCUAUCAGCACUUCCAACACGAUGGAAAGGAUGGUUAGAUGCCCUCGAGCAGAAUCCCCAUGUGUGCAGCACCAUGAGCACCGAUGCGCUUUACGCUGAGUCGAUAGAUGACUUGAUCAAGGGGUUUCAGAGAAUAUCUGACUGA